AUGCACUUCAUGAUUCAGAAUAUUGAGAAGACAGUUCUGCUUUCUGAGUAUGUUAAUCUACUUACUGCUGAGAUGAAACCUGAGACAGCAGAUCAGCAAAUGCAGGAUUUUGAGAUACAGAUUAAUCUAACUGAGAGAAAGCAGCAGAAACUCUUCUCUAAGAAGACAGUAAAGAGAGAUUUUAAGAUAAUUAUUAUCUUAAAUAAGAAGAAGAAGAAGAAGAAGAAUGAGAAUGAGAAGUGA